AGGGGAGGAAGCUGUGCUGAAAGGCGAGCAACUGCCUCCCCAGACAGCGUGAACUGAAAUGUUUUGGAUUUAGAAAAGUAACGGGAGACCGGAGGAGGGAGCAGCACUUUGGUUUGAGAGAAGGUGCACUUUUCAUUCGGCUGUGAGAAGAAAAAACAAAAAAAAAAGGAUGUUGGAUCGAUUUUGUCAAAUCUAUUUGGGGGCGGUAUUUUUAGACCCAAAAGCCCGUGUCUAUUUUUUCCUCAAAUCAUGCCACGUUUGAGAUCACGCUUGUGAUGUGAGCGAUCAUCACCCUCCUCCUCCUCCUCCUCCCGCUCGCGCACAAGCUCACCGACCGAAGAAAAAGUUGCCGAAGUUCACUUUCUUCGCUGCCCAGAUCGUCUAUUUCCACAUUAGUGCGGCGUCGACUUCUCCUGCUGUCCGCCGACCCGCCCCAGCAUGCUGGACUGACGUCUGCGGAAUGGCAUCGGCUGUGUUUGAAGGCACGUCGCUGGUCAACAUGUUUGUCCGGGACUGCUGGGUCAACGGGAUCCGGAGGCUCAUCAUCAGCCAGCGGGGAGAGGAAGAGGACUUUUUCGAGAUCAGGACAGAGUGGUCCGACAGGAACAUUUUAUACUUGCAUCGAAGUUAUUCCGAUCUGGGGCGGCUGUUGAAAAGGCUGGUAGAGUCGUUUCCCGAGGACAGAAGGGACCUGUCCAAGUGUCCACUGAUAGAAGGCCUGGUAAAAAUCAAAGAAGCAAGUGACAUCGAGGAGAAACUGAAUGAAGUGGAAAGACUACUGAAGAAUGCCAUCAACAUGCCAUGCAAGUAUUCCAGGUCAGAGGUGAUGUUGACUUUCUUUGAGCGAUCACCGCUGGACCAGGUGCUGAGGAAUGACAAAGUCCACAGAAUCCAGCCCUGCUUUCAGAGUCCGAUCAAGAUAUCGGAAAUCAUGCGGUCCAAUGGAUUCUGUCUGGCCAAUACAGAAACCAUUGUGUUUGAUCACAGUGUCCCCGAAGAAAAAGAGAGACCCUCAUCCACUGAUUCUGUGGAACACACAUAUGAGGAUGGGACUGAGUUUUUGCCAAUGGAAGCAGACAUAUGUGAUGAAGAAACAGAAGCAUACGUCACCAACCUUUCCUACUACCAUCUGGUCCCGUUUGAAACUGACAUCCUGGAAUGAGGAACUGACGCCUGUUGAUAAAUAUAUAUGACUCGAUCAUUGAGGAAUAUACAUUUAAAUUGAAAAAAACUAUGCAACUCUGCACAUCGCAGCUCCACGUAAAUGCUGCUGCUGCUGCUGCUGCUCAUUCUAGAAAUCUCCACUUUGUUUUUGCCACAUUAAGCAACAUCACCGGUGUGCCUCAUUCAGAGCCUUACUUGAUUGUGUCAAGAAGAAGAAAAAGAAGAAGAA